CAGACUGGAGAGAAUGGCUGCCAGUGGAGAGGUAGGGAAGCUGUUACAAGUACAAAAUGGGACACCACCGAGCACCAACUAUAACGGAGUAGAUGCUGUUCAUGCCUGUAACAUCCUUCAGCAGCUCAAAGCUUUGUAUGAUGAAGCACAGCUCACAGACAUCGUCGUAGAAGUGGACCAUGGCAAGACUUUCUCGUGUCACCGAAAUGUCCUUGCAGCAAUCAGCCCAUAUUUUAGGUCCAUGUUCACCAGUGGCCUUACAGAGAGCAGCCAGCGUGAGGUCAGAAUUGUUGGGGUGGAGUCUGAAUCCAUGCACCUAGUCCUAGACUACGCCUACACGUCCAGGGUUACGCUCUCUGAGUCCAACGUCCAGGCCCUGUUCACAGCAGCCAGCAUUUUCCAGAUCCCUGCCCUGCAAGACCAGUGUGCCCAGUUCAUGAUCAGCAGGCUUGAUCCCCAGAACUGUAUUGGGGUCUACAUGUUUGCUGAUGCCUAUGGGCACCAAGAGCUGAGGGAACGCUCACAGGACUAUAUCCGCAAGAAGUUCUUGUGUGUUUCAUGGGAGCAAGAGUUUCUCCAGAUGACUAAGGAGCAGCUGGUCAGCAUUUUGAACAAUGAUGACCUCAACGUGGAGAAGGAAGAGCACGUCUACGAGAGCAUAGUCCGCUGGCUGGAGCACGACCUGCCUGGCCGAGAGGCCCACCUUCCAGAGGUUUUUUCCCAAUGCAUCCGUCUGCCUUUGUUGGAUGACGCCUUUCUCAGUCGGAUACCCGCUCCCUUUGCUGGUGCCCUGUCCCUGUCUAAAGACCCUGCUGAGGCCAAAACCCGCCUCACUGGCACCAAUGGUUGCCCACAGCGCCUGGGAAUGACUGCUUCUGAGAUGGUCAUCUGCUUCGACGCCGCUCACAAACACUCAGGGAAGAAGCAGACGGUGCCUUGCCUGGACACAGCCACAGGAAGGGUGUUCAAGCUCUGCAAACCACCCAAUGAUCUCAGAGAGGUCGGUAUUUUGGUGUCCUCUGAGAACGACAUCUAUAUCGCCGGUGGCUACCGACCAAGCAAUAGCGAGGUGUCCAUAGACCAUCGAGCGGAGAGCGAUUUCUGGCAGUACGAACACGCAGGCAACAGAUGGCUUCCACGUGCACCUCUGCUGAGAGCGAGGAUCGGCUGCAGACUCGUGCACUGCUGCGGGAAGCUUUAUGCACUGGGUGGCCGAGUGUAUGAAGGUGAUGGACGAAACGCAUUAAAGUCGGUAGAGUGCUAUGAUGCCAGGGACAACUGCUGGACAGCGGUUAGUGCCAUGCCAGUGGCCAUGGAGUUUCACAGUGCUGUGGAGUACAGAGACCGCAUCUACGUCCUCCAAGGUGAAUAUUUCUUCUGCUUUGAUCCCCGUAAGGACUAUUGGAGUCACCUGGCUCCGAUGAGUGUCCCUCGGAGUCAGGGUCUGGCCGCCCUCUAUAAGAACUGCAUUUACUACAUCGCCGGCAUCUGCAGGAAUCACCAGCGCACCUUCACCGUGGAGGUCUACGACAUCGAGAAGAACUCGUGGAGCCGCAAGAGAGACCUGCCCUUUGACCAAGCCACCAGCCCGUACAUUAAGGCCAUGCUGCUGCAGGGCCAGCUCCACCUGUUCGUACGGGCCACGCUGGUCAUGGUGGAGGAGCACGUGUUUCGCACCAGCCGCAAGAACUCCCUUUACCAGUAUGACGACGAGGCAGAUUUAUGGACCAAAAUCUACGAGACACCCGACCGCCUCUGGGAUUUGGGCCGCCAUUUUGAAUGCGUGGUGGCCAAACUUUACCCACAAUGUCUACAGAAAGUGCUUUGAGGUAGCUCGCUUUGUGAACCCAAUCUAUGAGGCAGAGGGGGAGUAUAGUGUGGUCCUGCCUGCCUUGUGCCUGGUGUUACCUUGGGUUUGCACCACAAGGACCAUUUUUGGUUAAGUCUUAAAUCGUUCAAACUUUGGUUUAACAUGAUCAAAAACGGGGGUGCUUUUAAAGAUUGCAGUAUUUUUUUUUUCCAGACAGCACCAACUACUCACACUGAUGCUUGUUUAAGAAAACCGUACAAUGAAUCAUAAGUGCAAUUAUACUAUUUUUUUUUUCUUUUUGCUUGUCGUUGAGCCAUGCUGUUGUAUUUUUUGUUUUAGAUACGUAUAUAGGUGAGGAUUUUUACAAAUGAUUAGCAUGUUGUAGGAGGGUAUCGGCAAGGUAAAAGUGCCCUCUGGAGAUAUGGAUGCUACGUGUCAGCAGAAAGUUAAAAUCUAUAUAUAUAAAUAUAUAAACUAUAUAUUCAUACGGGUAAGAUGAGUACCUUAGCUCAUUAGUGCUGGCUCUGAGGUUUGUGUGUGUUUUUUUUCUAGUCUGUGCUCAAGUCUCUGCAGCUUGUUUUAUAGAUGAGUUAUAAUUUGAAGUGUGCUUGUGAUUUACAUUACCGUCGUUUUUUUUUUGUUUUUUUUAAAGCUUGAAGCGUGUGUGAUAUUUUUAUGGCCCUCUUCCUUCACAAGCGUCAGUGUGUCAAACAGUACACUAUGUUUGGCUUCCGAGCUAUUUUUAAACUUUUGUUUGAGAUUCCAGUUUGCGCGGGGGGCUCACGCCUCCCGUCCUUUUUUUUUGUGUUUUUUUUUGAGUUGACAUCCAUUUUGUGUCACGUGCGAAGACAACUUAAGCAAAUUGUUAAGAGUACUCACUCUCCACAUUGGAGAACUAAGGACGGAGUCAAAUCUGUGGCAACACUAAGUGGGAAGUUCAGACCAACUAAACAGGCUUACCUCAGAAACUUCAGAGAUAUUUGAUUAGGAGAAAAGGGACAUUUCAGGCCAUCGUGUUGAUGAAGCAACUGUGUGAAAAGCUCAAUCCAGUGUUGAGCUCUGUUGAGGUUGUUUUUUUCGACACCUGAUUAUAAUCAUCUGAAAAACAGGUUGAAAGAGCCUUUCUCUUCAAUGCCAAAAAAAGCAUUUGAGGUCUUGUUAUAGCUGAUCUGGACAUUGAAAAUAAUUUUGUGGUAGCAAUAACUCAUGGAACUGUGAUUAGGCUAUAUAUAUAUAUAUAUAUAUAUAUAUAUAUAUAUAUAUAUAUAUACACAUUAUAUUACUUUAGUAAAAGUGCAUUCUUUGUUUUGUGUGCUCGUCUCUGCUAGUGAAAAUCACUUUAGUUCCAAUAAUGAUUGUUUGGCUGUUGCAUGGGUGUAGGCUUGAAGUGAUGCGUAAUUUAGUGCAGAUCAUUUUGAGAUGCCGAUGUGCCUGUAGCUAGAAAAGGGGCAUAAGAAUAAAAAAAAAAAAACUUUCUCCUGAUGAAGAAUAUCUGAAAAGUCUUAAACUCAGCGUUGCACUGAAUCACUCUCCACUUCAAUGGUCCUUAACUGCAAACUUUACGAAGCACCCUUCUGAAAAGAAAGCAGACUAUAUAAACUAGCGAAGGUGGCCCGGGUUGUGUGCUAAUUCAUCUAACAGCCAUGAAUCCGCCUUCAGAGGACACAAACUGUUGGUGCUGGUAUUUUUUUCUUUUUCUUUCUCUUUUUUUUCUUUUGACAAUCUUGUAUAGAAGGAGUAAUACCACCACUGAGUGGCGUUCCCUGUCAGCGUGUGACAUUUUUCAGUGCCGUCAAUUUUCCUCAUGCAGGUUCCUGUGUCAUCUUUGCACUACACAUUUCCCUUGUAUUUUAUCUGAAGGAGAGUGCCCCUCUAUUCAGAAAAAAAAAAAGUUUUAGUAACCAUAUAGCAAUCAUCUUAAGAGAUUCACAUGGAUUUGAAUACCAGAAGAGUCGCAUUUAUUAAGGACUUGUGAACAUGAUAUAACUUCUCCAAGAGAAGAUCCACCUUCGACUGACUUUUGAGCUGGUUUAAAAUUUGAACAAUGCCCUCAAAACAGCCCUCCUCAAGGGGUGAGAGAAGGUUUGAGCUUCAUCCACAUGUCUACAGACGGCCAUUUGAGAACCAGGAACGGAGAACUCUCAGGAUUUCUACUGAUACAGUACUGUAUUUAAAUGUUUUUGUUAUGUGUAAUAUACUGUACUAUAGGUUUGCUGUACUUGCACAGUUUUUUAAAACUUAUCUUCAUUUUCUUUUAUAACUUGAAAAAAAAAUAGAUGUGAUUUCUUUUUGUUGUCUCCAGUGGCUGUUUUUGUUUUCUUUUUCUUUAUGUAAUUACCUAUUUAGUUAUGCUAGAGUAAUCCUGCUCUGUUGAGAAAAAAUGAUUACCUGCACGAGUGAUAGAUUUUGAUUUCCUCCCCCCCUCCCCUUCCCUUCCCUCACCUCCCUCUCUAGUACAGUAGUAUUUCUUUGUAACAUCUCACCGAAACUAAGCAUUACAGAUCAACUUUCAAACACCAGUCAUGUCAUACAACAAGCUAACAAACAGCUUUCCGUGUUCAAGAGUUUUAGUGGCCUCCAGCUGCGAAACUUUACUCACUUCUGGACAUCUACAUGCAUCGCUCAUGGGUGCUAUUUCAUCGCAUUUCUUUCCUCAGUUUUACUUUUUUUGCUGGUUUGUCUGUUUUGGGUUGCGGGUUAUAGUGGUGGUUGAGUUCAACUGUGAAAUUCACAUUGCACAUAAUUUGAAA